AUGUGGAUUGCUUAUUAUAUAAGCGGCAAACUUGCAAUCGUUUUACUAAUGACCCAUGUUCAACCAAUCAACCAUCCUUGCUUUACAGCCAAUAUUAAAGCCCCUAUAAAAGUUCUGUAAUAUUCAGAGAUCGAUUGACGUGGAGAUCACCAUGGAUCAGAAAUUUCUUUCAAGCUGGCCUAAUCUUCAAUUCGUUCCUGAAUCUUUUGUGCACCCACCAGAGAAAAGACCCGGCAAGCUGCUUGUUGCUCAAACGUGUAAAACAAUUCCUGUUCUUGAUCUUCAAGGUCAUGAUCAUACCCAAAUCGUUCAGCAUAUUAUGAAAUCUACCAAAGAGUUUGGAUUCUUCCAGGCCAUAAAUCAUGGAGUUUCCAAGAAAUUAAUGGAUGAAGCAAUGGAUGUUUUCAAACAAUUCCAUUCCAUGCCUGCAAAGGAGAAGGCUAGCCAACGCUCCAAGGACCCCAAUAGAAGCUGCAAGUUCUACACAAGCAGUCAAAAUUACACAGCUGAGGAGGUUCACUACUGGAGGGAUGCACUAACACACCCUUGUUAUCCUUUAGAGGAAUGCAUGCAAUUUUGGCCUGAAAAGCCAUCUACUUACAGGAAGGUUGUUGGGGAAUAUGUGAUACAAGUUAGAAGGUUUGGUGAGAAAAUUUUGGAGAUGCUUUGUGAAGGAUUGGGACUUAGCAGCAAUUAUUUGAGUGGGGGGCUGAGUGGAAAUCCUGAGCUGUUGGUUAAUCACUAUCCACCAUGCCCAGACCCAAGCUUAACCUUAGGACUAGCCAAUCACAAGGACCCAAGCCUCAUUACCAUAUUACUUCAAGAAGAAAAUGGACUUCAAGUUUUCAAAGAUGGUCAAUGGAUUGGGGUUGAGCCUCUUCCUCAUUCGUUCGUGGUCAACGUAGGCUAUGUUUUACAGAUCAUCAGCAAUGGGAAGCUUAAAGGUGCUGAACAUCGAGCAGUGACAAAUUCAAGCUUUGCUCGAACAUCUGCUGCUUUCUUCAUUUAUCCUUCUAAUGAUAGCCUUAUAGAGCCUGCAAAAGCUCUGACAAAUGCAUGCGAUCCCCCGCUCUAUAGAGCCAUGCAAUUUAAAGAUUUUCGAAGGAACUUCUUAUGUAGGGCCGCCAACGCUGAAUUAGUGCUGCAGUUUAUAAGCUCCAAGCAGAGCUAGCUAGGUAGCUCAUGAAGCAAGAGAAGAAGAAGAAGAAGAAGCUGUUCUCUUUGGCACUAGACAUGGCUCUUCUUUGUAAAAAGUUGACACUAUAUUGUGUUACUGAAUAACAACUCCUCGACUGGCUUAUAUAUGCAUGCAAUCUGCUAAGAUUACGUACGCAGAGUUCGACGAUGGCAUCAACAAGAUUGUGAUAGAGAUCUAGCAGCCUUAGAUUAUGGUUUGGUAUAUAUUUAUCAUGCUGCAAACUAGCUACAUGCAUAUAUACAAAUGUUAUGAAUAAAUACAAUGGAGUACUGUACAUUGAUUUACU